GGGGCGCGGGGCCGGGACAGGACCGGGACCAGGACAGGACCGGGACCGCCUAACAUUUCCAGCUGCAGCUUCCUGGCCGUUUUCCGUGCCAGGGCAGCUGCGAAGGGCUCGCUCUGUGCCCAUGUAUCACAGCUGAAGAGGAGCCACGCGUGCCAUCCCUCACUUCUGUCCAGGAACCACAGCAAGAACAGAGGCCCCAUGCCCAAGGAUGGACAGUGCUCCAGACCCUUAGCAAAGCACCACAGCAGGCAGGGCAGACAAGGAACGAAGGCACUGUAGGAUGUUCAACACCAGCACAGACUCCUUGGGAAACAACUGCAGCCACCGCACAGCAGUAACUACAACAGUCAUUCCACUGCUCUACUCCUUCAUCUUCCUCACAGGGCUCUUGCUGAAUGCCCUGGCAGCCUGGGUCUUCCUGUACGUUUCCAGCACAAAGAGUUUUAUUGUCUAUCUCAAAAACAUCGCCGUGGCCGAUCUCCUCAUGAGCCUGACGUUCCCUUUCAAAAUCCUCGCUGAUUCAGAAAUUGCACCUCCAGAGCUCAACCUGUUUGUGUGCAGAUACUCUGCAGUUGUGUUCUACAUGAACAUGUACAUUGGAAUCAGCUUUUUCGGCCUCAUAGGGUUUGACAGAUACUACAAAAUUGUAAAACCUUUGUUCACCUCCUUUGUUCACACAGUGAACUACAGCAAGGUGGUCUCUAUAAUCAUAUGGCUGUUGUUAAUGCUUAUAUCAUUUCCAAAUAUGAUUUUAACUAAUGAAAUCACUAAAGACAAUUAUUCUAGAAAAUGUAUAGGUCUUAAAAGUGAGCUUGGCAGACAGUGGCACACAGCAACAACUUAUAUUUGCACAGGGAUUUUCUGGGUUGUUUUUGUUCUGCUAAUCAUAUUUUACACUGCUAUAUCCAAAAAAAUAUACAGCUCUUACAAAAAAUUCCGAAGGAGCUCAGACAUGGCCAAGAGAAAAACCAGCCGGAACAUUUUCAGCAUCAUGUUUGUGUUUGUCAUUUGUUUUGUGCCCUACCACCUUUGCAGGACCCCAUACACCCUGAGCCAGACCAGCUCCCAGUUCACCUGCCAGUCCCAAAAAUCACUGUACUAUGCCAAGGAGUUCACUCUGGUGCUGUCUGCUGCCAACGUCUGCCUUGACCCCAUUAUUUAUUUCUUCCUCUGCCUCCCCUUUAAAGAAAAGCUGUAUCAAAAACUGCAUCUCAAGCUGAAAGCUUCAAGUGAGGUUGAAAUUUCUAAAUCCAGAAGAUCAAAUACACUUCGGGAAAGUAUAAACAUCUUGUAGUUUCAGGUCUGCACAAUUAUGCACGUUUCAGGAAGUCAUUCAUGAAUGCCAAUGUCCCAAAGAACCUUAGCAGAUGAGAACCAGCAACAAACAAAAGAGGUUUCAACACAAAACACCAAGUGCUGUUUCUCUGUGUAUAUAUAUAUAUAUAUAACCAUUACUGCAUGUGCCAAUACAUUCACCAUGUGCUGUUUCAGCUGACGCUGUGAUUGCGUCAGGAUGUGACACAACCCAUCUGGAUCUUAAAAGCAGAGAGAGAAGUACCUGGAAUGGCAUGUUCUGGAGCUCCAGGCCAUGGGUCUCGGAAAGGAUCACCCAAAAGACCCAAAACUAAACCAAUUUUCUGCUGUUUCUCACAAAGCCAGGCACGACACACAACAGCCACCAAAGCAGCCUGACAGCCCUGGGAACACCCAACAGCUCCACCUCGACCAGGGCAGAGCCCCAGGGAGCAACAUGAGGAUGGUCAGUACGAGUCUCUCAGAAUUGGCCUCCACCUGCCCACCCAAGGGGACUGAGACUGGGCAGGGAACCUCACUCAUUUAUCUAGUGGGUCAUAGAGCAAAGGGUUGGUGGCAAUGCGCAGCUUAAGAAAGGAUUCUAUGCCAACAACUGGGAGGAAGAGGGGGGAAGACUUCAUUAAACAGACUCUGGAGGCUCUGCCCUCUAAGCAAGGGAGCCAACCUGCUGGGGAAGGGAAUCUGGUGCUUUGUAGAAGAUCUUUUGUCAUUUAUGGCAAAAACAUUCAGUUCCCUACAUGGCAGGGCUUGGUAUUUGCCUACGUAAAUCUACAUAAUUGUGGCUGUGAAAGAUCACUGGCACAGGCAGAAAAAAACACUUCCCCAAUAUAUAUUUGAAUAACUUUUUAAUUGCUGUGCAGGCUUUGAAAACAUCAUUUAUAUUGCUUCCUCACCCCAGCAGAUUACUGAUAUUAGAACAACAAGAAUCUACAUGCAGGCACCAGGGAAAGGGUGGCGAUCAACACCCUUGUUCAAACGGAUGCUACACAUAAUUCACGUUGAAAAAAAUCCUCCUCCAAGAGCUUCACUAGUCAAGAAACGCUCCUGUGCCCCUGCUCCUGCUCCAAACCCACCCUGUGAGUGACAAGUCCCAAAUAACACCAGUGUCAAACCAAGCCCUUGCUCCAUCUCCCCAGCCUUGCUCUUCACUUUGCUGGAUGAACUGAAGCCAAUAUUUUUUCAGCACUGGGUAAAUUAAUCCUUUCACAUCUUUCCCAGCACAUCAUGCCUCAGAUACCCCAAGCCAGCUCUUUACACACCCAAUGAACUCACAUUCACAUGUCUGUUCUCCUAAAACACCUCUGCAGAAAGGGCAGACUGUUUCACAGUAAAGGCUUACCCAACUGUCCCAUACUUUGUCUUUUUAGACCUGAAAGUUUCCUGAGUUGUAAACUGACUACAGAAAAAGGGAGAACAACAGACAAAGACACAGAGACAGAAACAACUGACAGUGGUGCAGUUUGGGUUUAAAAAAAAUCCCUACAAGUAUGGCAAGAUCAGCUUUGCAUAAGCAGAACACCAAAAAAUGAGCCCAUGUUUGCUCACAACUGGACAUGGGAUCAUUCCGGAUCACGACGUUUUGCAAACAUUUUGACAAAUAUGGUCUGAACUUUCAGCUUAUGACUAAAUGUAACACCAGACAUUCUUCAUCUGUUCCUUCCCAAAGCUCUGAUACGGGGUUUGUAAAUUCCUGUGGAUUCUCAACUACAACCAAGUGUCACCAGUCAGUUUCAGUAUUGCUGUCAGUACCUCACCCUGCAUGGUGUCAGACCUUUUCUCACGGCAUACCAAAACCAAAAU